GGUCUUUUCGAUCAAACUCACAGAGUGAUGGCAACUUCAAGUGGUAAAUUAUAUGUAGGACAUGUGUCUACUCGUACAACACGACGAGACCUCGAAGAUCUAUUUGACAAGUAUGGACGUGUUCAAAAUGUAGAGAUAAAGCACGGUGGCUUUGCGUUUGUGGAUUAUGAGGAUGCCCGAGACGCCGAUGAGGCAGUUAGAGAGUUGAAUGGACAUUCGCUGAAUGGUGAUCGUCUUAUUGUAGAACACUCGAAAAAAGCUGGCGGGGAAGGAAGUGGCUGUUUCCUUUGUGGCGGCACAGGACACUGGGCCAGAGAUUGCCCAGACGCAAACGAACGUGGUAUGGAUGUCCGAUCGGGAAGAUGCUUCAGAUGUGGCCAGACUGGCCAUUUAGCUAAAUAUUGUCGUGGCGAGCCCGCAUACGCGGGUUAUCGCAGACGUUCACCGCCGCCUUACGGUAGAAGAGAGUAUGGGUAUCACCGAGGACGCUCCAGAUCACCUGUACAAUAUGAAAGAGGUUAUCCGCGAUCGCCGCCCGACUACUACCGCCAGGAACGAUCCAGAACUCCACCGAGAUACGGGCGAUCACCUAGCCCUGACUAUUACAGCCGAGGCCGGUCGAGAAGUCCACGAGGUUAUGGCCGCUCAAGGUCUCCUUAUGACAGAGAACCUCUGCGUCGAAGAAGCCCGUAUGGAGGAAGUCGGGAUUAUCCACCAGACGACAGGUCGCCACUGCCGAACGACAGCAGAGCACCACCCGUCGACCCCAGGAGAUGAUUCGAACAAGGUUGUACUGGAGAGCGCACAAAGGGGUCUGUCUUCCGUAUCAAGAAGUAAAAUGUUAGCACCUGUUGUUAUUUCUCUUAUCGCAUUUAUUUUUUCUCAUAUGCUGAAAGACAAUAAUAUAAUAAUAAAAAAAAAGCCAAGUCAUCAUGGAGUGGGCUUCCAUCCUAAGUAAAUGAGCAGGCGGAAGAAAAAAGAUUUAUAUAUUGUAUCCACAACA